AUGGGAUUCCGAAGCUUUAUGCACGGGGCGCGCCUCUACUACGAAACUCGCGAGUGGGGAGUCGAGAUGGUCGCAAUUCUCUCGCAGAUCAUGGCGAACUUCGGGCACAGCCUCUCUCAGUGCCUGCCGGCCACCCUCCUGGCCGUGCUGAUCAAAGCGGAGACGCUCUUCGACUUGGACCUUGGUGCCGCCAGACGCCUUCAUUGGACCGCCAGGGCGCUGCUCCAAAGGGCCUUGACAGAGCGACGGAUGAACUGGACGCUCGGUGAGGAGGAUCCUUCGAGCUCCCAGGGCAUCCUCGCCCUGGCUUUGGAGCACGUCCAGCGCCUCGAAGAGCGGCGUCAGCCACCUUCGCGGCCCUGGGUAGUAGACCUGGUCUUCCCUCUCUGCUCCUUCAAAGAGCUCAACGCCAUCUCGGAGGGCCUGGCGUUGAUCGGGUCGGGGGUUGGCAGUGUCUUUGACCCUUUGGACGGCUGGCCGGCAGGGACUUUGCAAGCGAGGAAAGCCAGAGACCACAACCGCAUCCGAGGCCCCUGGAGGCAUGCGCGCUUCCGGCUCUUCAUCUACGCCGUCUGUGGGACCUACGGCCUCUUCGGCCGGCAUGCGGACAGCGCGUCCAUCUUACCACAGGAGGAGGCCAAGCUGGCGAAGGAGAUCUUUUCGGGGUUGUCGAGCAGCACAGUGCAGCUCUUCAGGGAGGGACCGGAAGAGCUCCCUCCCCUCCACCUGGCAGUCUUUGAGGAGGAGGUUCCUACAGGAGAUGUAGCUGCUUAUGUGCAUCAUCUGGCGGUGGCCUCCAGCAGCCAGAAUCUGGGAAACAUUACGAUGCUUCUGCAUCCGGACUUCUUGGAGCACGUCCGCUCUUGGAUGGUCGUGUCCAUCUUCCGGGCAUUUCUGAAUGGAGCUUGGCCACAAGAGGUGGACUUCCUUUACUUGGGGUGGAGGCACGAGGGCCCGGUGAGCCCAGAGGGUCGAGUGGCCUCCCACCUCCGCUACCACUGUGAUAUCGAAGCUGGGCCAGGGGGACGGCUGGGCCCAUGUGAUGCGGGUUACAAUCCCAGGCUGCUUGAGAACAUGUGGCAGAUGAUCUUCGGACGUCCUUUGGACCCCUUUUCGGGGGACGACCUGGGCGGCUACGAUUUCUCCCAGCUACUUGUGACCCGGCGAGCUGUGCUGAAUCGCCCGGCCAGAUACUGGCGCUAUCUUUCCAAGGUCCUGUCUGCGAAGAGUUCCUUUGAACUCUUGCCGGGAACAAGGUUCAUCUCCAGACGUACCGACCUCACGGUGAACGAUCCACACAACAAAGGCGUGUGCGCAUGGUUCGAGCACAUGUGGCACAUGCUCUUCGACCCGCGCUACUUUCCCAGGAAGGCUGGCACGGUUCAGGAGGCAGACCUCAGAUCCUACACGCGGCUGCACGACGAAGCCUUGCCGCUUGGGUUGCGUGCCGGACCAGACACGGUCUUGGGGCGGCACUACUGGCUAAAUGCAGAACAGCAGUGCCGGGCGCUGCGGGACGAGCAAGCCGCAGUGCUUGUGACAUUCUGGCUGCACUCUGAGCACUUUUGUGGCGACCAUCUGGACGAGCAGGUCAAAGUAAUGCUCCCGCCGCUCGGGGAGACUGGGCAGAAGACACGGUCACGGCCAGGCUCACUGAGGAACAUCUCGGUGGGCAACGAUGAUUGA